AGAAAUCAUUAUAUUAUAUAAAUAUUGAUAUGUUUUGUGUUUAUGCAUUAUCUUGUGCCCUUACUGAUUUUUCGUAUCACAUAUUUUUUUUUCGUCCAGGAUCUGAAGUUGCUCCCCGAGCUGUUUCAACCCGGAUUGUCAGCGGAAUUUGGUGGUUCUUCACUCUAAUAAUGAUAUCCUCUUAUACGGCGAAUUUAGCCGCCUUCUUAACCAUUGACCGGUUGGAUACCACGAUUGAGAGCGUCGAAGAUCUUGCCAAACAGACGGAUGUACACUACGGGACAUUGGAAGGGGGAUCAUCUAAACAGUUCUUCGAGGAUUCUGAUGUCCCAACAUAUAAAAAAAUGGCAAACUUUAUGCAAUCCACGACACCGUCUGUGUACGUCUCCUCUUCGCGGGAGGCAGUACAGCGAGUACUCAAAGAGAAUUACGCUUAUCUUGGAGAAUCAACAUCAAUUGAUUACCAGGUGCAAAGAAACUGCCAACUUAUGCAAGUUGGUGGUUUGCUGGAUUCCAAAGGAUACGGAAUUGCUACUCCAAGGGGAUCUCCUUAUCGGGAUAUGAUCUCAGAGAAAAUAUUAUUUCUUCAAGAAAGACAAGAAAUUAGCAAGCUUUACACCAAAUGGUGGAAAGAAAAAGCAGCUAAUAAGUGUGACAAUGAGUCCAAAGGAAAGCAAAACGCGAACGAGCUAGGCCUUCAGAACGUUGGAGGCGUUUUCGUGGUGCUUAUGGCCGGAGUGGUCGCUGGCACAAUUAUGGCUAUUUUUGAAUUCUUGUGGAAGUCAUGGAGAAAUUCCAGAAUUGACAAGCCUUACUAAUGGAUCAUCG